AUGGCCACAAGUGAAUUAAAGAUCAUUGUCACUGGUUUUCCACAAACAUGGAAUGAUUGGGAUGUUUUUCAUAAUUUUUUUAAAUUUGGUUAUAUUAGAAAUGUACGUCUUUAUAAUAAAAUGGCUUUCGUUGAAAUGAUGACAAAAGAAGGAUAUGAUAAUUUGUUAGAUUCUGUAGAAAAGGACAAACUUGAAGUUAAUAAUUGUGUACUAACCGUAAAAGCUAAUCAUGUAAAAGUUAUUGAUGAUCCAUUUAUUCCACACUAUGAACAUCAUGAAGACUUUUUUGAAACUUCUGAGAUGUCAGAUGAAAAAGUUUAUAUAAAUGAAUUUGAUGGAGCUCGAAAUAGUUUGAAUUUCUCUUUUUGGGUCCCACUUCAUACUGAUGAAGAUAAGAAAUUAGAAAAAAAACUUGAAAUUGAAUUUAAAAAAACAAAAAGAGUUGGUAGACUAGGUGUUAAUUCUUUUGUAGUUGUUAAGAGAUGUGAAGAAUAUAUGAGGGGACAAGUUAUAAAACGUCUUAAUCAUGGUGCUUAUGUUAUAUUUUUUGUUGAUCGUGGUUUCAAAACAGCAGCUAAGGAGGAAUUUGUUAGACCAUUAACUGAUGAAGCAAUACUCAAUGUUCGUUUCAAAGCUGCUUUGUGUACAUUAAGUAAUUUAAGUAAUACAAAAACUAAUUUCUACAAUGAAUUUAAUAACAUUUUAUGUCAAAAUAUUUCUCUUAAAGGAUAUAAAAUAUCACUAGUUGGAUUUGAGGGAUUUAAUUCCAAGGUUAAUAUUGAAAUUUUUUGUAAAGAUGGCCGAAGUUAUGAUUUGGCUAGAAUGCUUGCUAAAAAAGGAGUUUGUGAUUUAGUAAAGUGUGAAAGUUUAGAGGAAGAUAAAGAAAACAUUGGAUCCAAUGUUAAAGUAUCUGGUUCUUAUUCUGUAAAUAGAUAUACAUCAGAAGAAAUAAAAAAUAUUGGCAAAAAUGAUUCACUAAUUCUUGGUAAUAUAAAUAAACGUGAUAUGAAUUGUUGA